CUUGCAUGGCUCCUAUGCUUGAUUUUUGCUCAUCUUUCUGCAUCUACAAUGGCUUUUCCACGAUCAUCAUUAUCAUCAUCCCUUAAAGUUGGCUUCUAUGGAUCAACAUGUCCAUCUGCGGAGGCAGUUGUGAGAAAGACUGUAGAUAAAGCUGUGUCCCGGAAUCUUGGCAUUGCUGCUGGCCUCAUUAGAAUGCAUUUCCACGACUGCUUUGUGAGGGGUUGUGAUGCUUCUGUACUACUGGAUUCCACACCAGGCAACCUUUCCGAGAAAGAACAUCCAGCCAACAACCCAAGCUUAAGAGGCUUCCAAGUCAUCAAUAAGGCAAAAGCCAAACUUGAGGCUCUGUGCCCGGAAACCGUUUCAUGUGCGGACAUAAUUGCUUUUGCAGCUCGUGAUGGUGCCUUAAAAGUGGGGGGAAUCAACUAUACUGUGCCAGGAGGCCGCCGUGAUGGGCGCGUAUCUCGCAAAGAUGAAGUGGCUGAAAGUCUGCCUCCUCCCCACUUCAAUGCCGAACAACUUGAGCUCAGGUUUGCUCGAAAAGGUUUGUCGCUUGAUGAGAUGGUGACGCUCUCUGGGGCGCAUUCUAUUGGCAUGUCUCAUUGCUCCUCCUUCUCAAAACGCCUCUACUCCAAUGGCACUCAUGCCCACGAUCCUUCUAUGCGUCGAAAAUAUGUAUCCUUUUUGAGAACCAAAUGCCACCCACAAAGAAAUGGAGGUCAAAAUCCUACUGUCCCUCUUGAAGCUAAAACACCUGGCCGCUUGGACAACAAAUACUACAAGGAAUUGGAGAAGCACCGGGGGCUAUUGAAUUCAGACCAGACGUUGAUGAGCAGUCAAUCAACAGCAUGGAUGGUGAGGAACAAUGCAAGGCAUGGAUCUACAUGGGCUGCCAAGUUUGCAGCAGCAAUGGUGCACAUGGGUUCGAUUGAUGUCCUCACUGAGACACAGGGUGAGAUCAGGAGGAGUUGCCAUGUAGUGAACUAAUUAAUCUUUUGUAAUUGUUUUA